UAGGUUACUGUGUACGCACAUAAAAUCAAUUAUUAUUUUAUAGCAUCACGCGAAGCGUAACGCUCGUUACUAAGGAAAAGAAAUCCUAUAUUAUAUGUGCCUAGACCGUUAACACUAGCAGUGAUACAAGUAGUAUUUGUUACAAGGUUAAAAUAUUAAAUAAAAAAGCGCACAAUGGCUUUAGCCCUUGAUAACACAAAAAUCUUAGAAUUUUUGGAACUCGUCGGUCGUUUGAAGCAUGUGAAAAGAACUGGUUGGGUAUUAUGUGAUAUAACCGAAUGUGAGUCCAUUGCUGGACACAUGUACCGCAUGGGCUUAAUGACCUUCCUGCUCACGGAUCAGAACAACCCCACCAAACUUGACAGAUUUAGGUGUCUCCAAAUAGCUCUUGUCCAUGACUUAGCAGAAUGUAUAGUUGGAGAUCUCACACCACAUUGUGGCGUGUCACCUGAGGAGAAACAUCGGCGAGAAGAUGAGGCCAUGCAGAAAAUAGCAGAGCUUACUGGUAUAGCUGGUGACAGAAUGUAUGAUCUGUAUAAAGAAUAUGAGAACCAAUCAUCACCUGAGGCUAAAUUUGCCAAAGACUUGGACCGCUAUGACAUGAUUUUGCAAGCAUUUGAAUAUGAAAAACGUGAGAAUGCACCAAAGAAGUUGCAGGAGUUCUUCACUGCCACUGAAGGAAAGUUUGAUCAUCCUUUUAUCAAAGAUUUGGUUACAGAACUGUACAGACAAAGAGAGGAGUUUGAAAAGAAAUGCCUAACAAAUGGUCAUGUAUAAUAUUAAAGCCUUACCUAUCUUCCAUACUACUCAUUAGUGUUAACAUUACACAAUAUUGCUAGCAUUGUUACCUAGCUCAGCUGAUUAGUCUGAUGUUAAAUAGCAAAAGAGCAGAACCAAAAUAAUUUUUCUAAGUUAAAGCUUAAUUUCUGCAGUCAUUUUAUAUAAAAGAACUAAUUGAAAAGUGCAUAAUAAAAAUGUUAGUGAUUAAUUUUUAAUAGGCUUUUUAUAUUUUCCAUAUUUGAUAAAAAUGAUCAAGAAGCUUAAUAAAUAAGUUUACAAUACUUUUUAUUUGUUCUCAUAAAGUUGUUAAAAAUUACUGUACUGCAAGUUUAUUUGCAAAAGAACAGAUUUGAAU